AACAAAAUGAUAAGCCGCCAUUUGGUUUAGUGUUAUGAUUGGAUAAUUGAUGUCACAUGUCCGGAAGUGACCCAUGGCUGCUUCGUGUCAUGAGAAAACAGCUUGCCUCUCGACGCUGGAGCCUGUUGCAUACGUGAACAAGAAGAGCAGGCUGGAUGAGCUUCCACCCGGCGGGAAGGACUGGAACCCCGGCUGUGGCGGACCGGUGGACAAACCCUUCAGAGGGUGGCUGCACUCCAGUGAGAAGAUCUCUGGCCUAGGAGUGACAUACAUCGUUAAGUGAAUAAAGAGAAGGUUCUUACCUGCACUGCCAGGGAAUGGUUUCUUCCACUAUCCUGCAAGCCUUCCCUGAAUGAGUCAUCCAGCCGGCCGCUCAUUGGACGGGAGCGCGCCAUCCCGAGGGAUUGCCUUGCAAUAGCGGCGGCGGCACAGUGGAGUGGCCUUGCUUCCAUUCACAGAAACGUUGGUAUGCCAGACUGCUAUGUCAUUCACAGCCAGGACUAUAAACAUUGACUUUUGUCUCUCCCAGACCUCUCUUUUUGUGCGAUCAAAUUAUUGUUUUUUUUUGUGUUUGUUUUUGCUUUGUUUCUGAGGGGAGAAGGCAGAUUACCCCCCCCAUCCCCGCCACCCACCCCCGCCUUCUAGACUGCAGUGCGAAAUGCAGCAGAGUGAGGGAGAGCGGAAGCUGCUCAUGAAUGAGUGUCGCUCGCUCCUGUUCUAGAAGGCUAGAGGACAUUUUUACAUGAAUGGUGUGUGUGUGUGUUUGGGGGGGGGGGGCUGCGCUUUCUUACCUGCUGCCACGGCGACCGCAGAUGCUUCAUCAUCAGCGGCGCCGCUCUUAAGAAGACCUUUGCGCUUUUUUCUUCUUCAUUGACUCAUCCUCGCCUGAGGAAGAUGACGUCCAUGGCGGGUUUAUUUGGGUUGUAUCAUCCUCAUUGCUGGAGUUGCCUCGUUUAAGAUCCGAGUGCUUAAUUUCACAUUUAUUAUCAUGAUAGGGAGCCACAUUUUAUUUUAGUGAUUUAUAGUUACUGUUUUUUGUUUUAAAAUGGCUGACAAAUACAGUUUAGUUGAAUGAUGUUCUUUGAACUGGAUUUUGCAUCAUCUGAAGCGAGUAUUUUAAAUAGCUACAACGCAGAUUAACUUCACCUAUCACCUCAUAAGAAUAGAUUUUUUUUUUUUAAUGAUAUAUCAAACAAAUUGCUUGGGGAUAAAGUCAAACAAUUACCGAUCGAUGAUCAAGCUACCUCUCUUUAUGCCAUUAAAAAUAUAUUUUUUUCAAGUAAAAUAAAUUAUGAAAUCGACUACCACUACAUUUAUGUAAUAUAAAAUCAAACACUUUAAACAGCUGUGGGAUUUUACUUAUUUUUCGUGGGAGUUUUUUUUCCCUCCCUCCCCCUCCCUCCCUCCCUCCCUCCAACAGGAAGUGAUUUGCAGUGUUCAGCAAGCCUUUUGUUGAGAAGGUUUUCUCACACCAGUGAGUCAUGCUCCAGCUCUGAGCCGGCAGCAGCUAGGAAGGAAGGCAGCAGCCAGUUCCAUUCUGUUGCCAUCACCUUCAACGCCAUUUGUAGAUUUUUGCUUGUUUUUGCCUGGCUAGAAAUCAUCAUCAUUGUUGUCGUUGUAAGCAGCAGCAGCUGCAGCAUCACCACUGGAAACCACAACAACGACCUCUCCAUCCUCCUCUGCUUCAUUUCCAUGGAUUUCCACUGUGUUUUUCUCUCUUGACUGGAUUGAAGCGCCAUAUUUUACCGAUCAGGAAUCGAGAGAGGUGGAUUGUGAUUGCUACGAGGCGUUUGCUGCCACCGCCGCCACGCCUGCUGCUGCCAUGUUACAGGAGAGGGUAAUCAUCGCGGCAAGGAGCCGGGUGGCGCAUGUCGCUUGAGGCGCCGCGAGAGAGCAGAGGCGAAGGGUAUGCUGCACCGCACUAAAUACAACCGCUUCAGGAAUGAGUCGGUGACGUCUGUCGAUGACAUCGUCCACGGCCUGUCCAUGAACCCCAAGGUGUCAGCCAGCCCCGAGACGCCUUACGCUCCCCCGGCCGACGUCCAGCCCUCGGCCGCCUCCAAUGCCGCCGGCGCUUCCGACGAUGGUGGUACGCCCCUGUGCACCCUUAUCAACAAGGUCUCCAACCUGAAGUUCAGCAAUUCAGGCAGCCUGCUUGGCAUUAAAGGUCUGCCCUCUGCAGUCAAGGACCUUGCAGUGGCCAGGCUGCAGGGUGGCGGGGGUUCGGGGUCGAGCCCCGGAGCGGCGACCGCAGGGGCGGCGGCCUGCCUCUCGACGCUGGAACCUGUUGCAUACGUGAACAAGAAGAGCAGGCUGGAUGAGCUUCCACCCGGCGGGGAGGACUGGAACCCCGGCUGUGGCGGACCGGUGGGCAAACCCUUCAGAGGGUGGCUGCACUCCAGUGAGAAGAUCUCUGGCCCAGGAGUGACAUACAUCGUUAAGUAUCUGGGUUGCAUUGAAGUGCUGCGAUCAAUGAGAUCUUUAGAUUUCACUACACGAUCACAAAUAACAAGGGAGGCCAUCAGCUUUGUUUGUGAGGCUGUUCCGGGGACCAAAGCAGCUCUGCGGAAGCGAAAGCCACCAUCCAAAGCUCUGUCCAACAUCCUGGGGAAGAGCAAUCUGCAGUUUGCCGGCAUGUCCAUCAACCUAAACAUCUCCACCAGUAGCCUCAACCUUAUGACGCCGGACUGCAAACAGAUCAUAGCCAACCAUCACAUGCAGUCCAUCUCCUUCGCAUCCGGUGGAGACCCUGACACCACUGACUUUGUGGCCUAUGUGGCAAAGGAUCCUGUUAACAGAAGAGCCUGCCACAUCCUGGAGUGCUCGGACGCGGUGGCCCAGGACGUCAUCAGCACCAUUGGCCAGGCCUUCGACCUUCGCUUCCAGCAGUACCUGCAGUGUCCUUCUAGCAAGCCUUCCUCCACGCACGACAGGGUGUUCAACGUGGAGGAGUUGCCGUGGACGGAGGAGGAGGAAGAGUCCACGGAGCAUCCGUACUACAACAACAUCCCUGGGAAGGUGCCGCCACCUGGAGGCUUCAUCGACACGCGGCUGUCCAAUCAGAAUGCGCCCUCAGAUGGAAGCCAGAGGAGCUCAAACUCUGUGGAUCAGAACUAUUACCAAGGGCGACAUUGUGGAGAAAACUGGACAGAGGAGAGAAAGUCCAUUUUCAUACAACAAGGGUCCUUGGAUAUAAGCAGUGAGAGCAAAGGUCCGGCGACAAAAGCAGGCGAGAUGCCCACGUACAUGAACACCCAGCAGAUCGACGAGCAGGUGCUGGCGGCGCUGCAGGCUGAGGCGGAGCAAAUGACUAAGGGCAUGGCGGCCGCGGCCAGGGAAAACCCUCAGACAGAUCUGUUUGACAUGAAACCCUUCGAGGACGCCAUCCAGUCGCAGCCACAAGCGCCUUCACAAAUAUCAGCCCUGCACAAGGCCACGUCAGUGGACAACUCCAGUCCGCUUCUGGCACGCUCCAUCGCCUUCCGGGCACAGGAGGAGCUGGAAGGCCAGGCGUGGUACCGCGGCAAGAUGAGCCGGCGCGAUGCGGAAAAGCUGCUGAACGACGACGGUGACUUCCUGGUGCGCAAGAGCGCCACCAACCCGGGCUCGUACGUGCUGACCGGCAUGCACAACGGGAUGGCCAAGCACCUGUUGUUGGUGGACCCCGAGGGCACGGUUCGGACGAAAGAUCACGUGUUCGACAGCAUUAGCCACAUGAUCGGCCACCACCGUGACAACAACCUGCCGAUCGUGUCAGCCGGGAGUGAACUGUGUCUGCUGCAGCCGGUCGUAUGGAAGCAGUGACCCGCCGCCCGCCCGCACGCCGCGCCCCACGAGGGAACUGGAAGCUCCGAACUUUCCUACCUGCCAUCUCACAAACUUGAAGCGUGAGGGAAGCUGCUGGAAAAAAAACCAAGUCGAUACCGCCUGGGGAAAAAAGUAACAUUUAUAAUAGAACUGUUAUUUUAUCGUGAUGACUGAAAUGCUAUAUUUUUGUGAAGACUUGUAGGACACACAUGAUAUCUUGAUUUGAUGUUUCAAACGAUAAUACGUUCUUGUAGUUUCGACAAAUCAAGCCUCGACGAGGUGUGGACCAGAGUAUUUUAGAGUAUGAAAGCUACAAAUAUUCCUUUUUGUCUGUCAAGCACAAUUUCUACAUUUCUACUGCUAUACAAAAAAAUGCCAGAGCCCCAAACACAAAAGUUGUUUAUGAAGGAGGAAAAAUGUCGCUUUGUCGUAGUCGGAAUGCUCGCGCGCAUCCUUUAUCGUGCUCUCCGUGGCUUAAAGAUUGUUAUUUUCAAAUUGUUACCUUGCGACAAAGGAGGAAUGGCCACGUUGAAAAGACAAACAGAUGUUUUUAAAAAGAGAAAACAGUUGUAAUAUUACCAGCCUUUGUAAAAUCAUUCCAUUUUCAGAAAAAUAAGUCUGUGUUUUGACUAUAAAAAAAGUUACAUUACAAACUAAACGCUUAUUCUUUUAUUCUUUUUCUUGAAUAUUACAAAGUCAAUGGUAUGACUUUAUUAAUGCAAUAUUAUGUAUUUCAAAAUAUUCACCCCUUUCCUCAUAAAAAUCCUAUUCUUGCUAUAUUAUAAUUACAUUUUACAGUUUAUUCUUCUUAAAUGACAAUUUGAUUUGUAAGGAACUGUAUUUUAUUUAGGUAAUAUUACAAUUUUGUUUUAAGCUAAAAAAAAUUCUCCUAAAAUUCGGACCUUAUUUUUUUUAAAAUUGUUCUUAUUUCUACUGUAUCCUGGCUCCGUGACUUUUGACUCAGAAUAUUGUUUUUUUUUCUUUUCAGUGAGUUUUAAAGGGGGAAAAAGUUGAAAUGUUAGAAAAAUGAAGGCUUAAUACGGCCAGAAAAAAAAAUCGAAAUGUUAUGACUAUAAAGAGAAGUCCUAAUGUUACAAAAAUGAGCCCAGCAACUAUUAGCUUUACAUAUUUAUUCUUAAGACUUCUUUAAAAUUAUGAGAAUGUAGACAUAACAUUAUGACUUUAUUCUUGCAAUAUUAUGACUUAGAAAUAUUAUUUGUGUGUGUGGGGUGGGGUGGGGGGGGGGGGGGGGGGGGGGGCAAAAUUACAUGAUUUUCUCAAUCUUAUGACUAUUCUUGAAAAAUGUGUAUUGUUUUUCACAGACUGCAAAUUUAUUCUCUUGACAACCAUUUUUUUUGUGAAGUAAUUACCGGUAACAUAAUUUUACACACUUAGUUUCUUUUACAAAUGAUUUUCGAGUAAGACUUUAUUUCUUUAAUAUUAAACCAAUAUAGUCAUGUUACUUUACGCUUGCAGUCAUGACAUAAAGUUAUGUUGUUUCUUGUAAAAUUGAUUUAUUGUUCCCGUAAUAUGAUAUAACAUAAACAUGUUAAAAAAUUGAGAAUAUACUGUGUGUAUGUAUGUGUGUGUGUGUGUGUGUAUAUAUAUAUAUAUAUAUAUAUAUAUAUAUAUAUAUAUAUAUUUACAUGCACACAGUAUGAUGACUAUUCUUGAAACAUUCUCACUUAUUUUUCCCCUCAUAAUAUUAUGCCUUUAGUCUCGUGAAAUUACAACUUUAUUCUAAUAAUAUGGACAACUUUUUAGUGAGGGAAUUAGUUAUUUUUCUCGUAAAAUUUCUCCUUAAGGCUAACAAAAUUCCAUUUUUGGGGGACUUUGUCACAAUAUUUCCACUUUAUUCUCAGACUUCAGAAAUCAAUACGUCGAUGCCCUUAAUCCAGCGGCGAGUCUUGUGUGUGCUAACACUGUAAAAUAAUCCCACUUUGAUUUGCACGAUUUGAGUUCUUUAGUAGGUGUCAGUGAUUGUUUCGGGGGGGGGGGGGGGGGGCUUUGAUCACAUUGUUUUGAACCCAACUUAGUUAUUACGAGUACCACGUGUGAAUAGCACAAUCACAGCGAUGAAUGAGACGUCAUUUGCUUUGUCACCAAAGAGACAGAAGAAGAAGAAGCAGGCCCUCCUCUAGGUGUCAGCACAGACUUUCUACUAGAAUUUAGCCUCAUUUCCUCACGAUAGUAGCAAAAACAUGAUUAUUUCUCACUCCGUUGUUGAUAGCAAAUGGACGGGGGUGCGUUCGAGUGCAGUUGAACCAAAAUCGGCAUGCCUUUCAAUGGGUUUUGAUGAGACUAAUGCAAUGUAAUGCCUGUAGUUUUGCUGCAAGGGGGAGUGUACAGUACGGGUUUGCCACAUAACACAUCCAUUCAACAGAAUUGACUGAUGUUGGAAAACCUUCAGGAUACAAUCUGCAGCAAGUUUAGCGGAGGAAUUUUGGGUUGGGGUAGAGUUAAAGUUGGGCACUUUGCUUUUUUCAUAAUUGUUUUAAUAUGUUGUCAUUUUUAAUUUGAAUUUGUCAGUAGUAUGCUAAACAAGUUGGUUUAAUUGAAAAAGAAAAGACAAACAUACUGGUAGAUCUCCAUAAAUUAGUAUAUGGUCAGUAAUAACAAAUAUACACUGGAUAUAAAAUGUUAACACACUCCUGUUCAAACGCUAGGUUUUUGUGAUAUAAAAAACGAGACCAAGAUAAUUUAAAAACUUCCACCAUUAACGUGACCUAAAAUAUAUUUUCGUGAGGGGAGGUAAAAAUACACAAAUGCAGUAAAUAUGAAUAAACAACUGGUGUAAUGUGGCGUCAGAAGUGUGCGCACCCUCUUAUAACUGGGAUGCGGCUGUGUUCAGAAAUUCUCCCAAACGUGGGAAAAUAUGUUAUGGUCUGGUAAAAACCAGGGUUGAAUAUUUGUUACCACAAUUUUAAAACGCAUGUUUGGCACAAACACGAACCUGCUGAUCACCAAAAGAACACCAUAGCUGCAGUGAAGCAUGUUGGACGAAGCACCAUGCUUAGGGGAGUUUUUAUUGUUUUAUUUUUUAAAGAUGAACCUGCGGCCUUCGUCAAGGUGGAGGGAAUGAUUUACAGUUCCAAAUACCAGUCAGUGUUAGCACACUGUCGUGAAAAGCCUACUAGAACAGCAGACAUUUCUUUGGGCUUAAUCGGAGGCACUUGAAAUGGUGGCAGGUAUGUGCUGAGUCCAUUUUAACAUGAGUUUGAAUGCGGUUCAUUCUGAACCCAGCCAUGUUGGAGUAAUAAGAGGGUCUGCAACCACAUGAAUUAUUUGCCCUUUCCCUCUCAAAAAAGACACGUUAUAGGCCACAUGAAGAGUGGAAAAAGUUUGGAAAUACUUCUUGGUCUCUUUAAAAAAAAACAAAAAAACCUGUCAUUUGAACAGGGGUGUGUUGACU